UUUAUACAUUCACAACGAUGGAUUUGAGAUGAGUAAGAAGCGAAGAGCCUGAAAACGGCUUUGUUGUCAUGAAUGAAAAACGCCUUCCGUCAGGAUGAAUGACAUCAACCUGAGUCCGGUGGGAAUGGAGCAGCUGAAUGUGUCCUCCGUCAGCGGGACUCACCUGGGCCUUCCCACCUCACCGCCCCACAACGCCAUCGCCACUCCAGGCAUGCCUGUGGCCAUCCCCAACCUUGGCCCCUCUCUGGGGUCUCUCCCUUCUGCCCUGUCCCUGAUGCUGCCCAUGGGUCCGAUAGGAGAUCGGGGGGUGAUGUGUGGCUUGCCAGAGAGGAACUACACCUUACCCCCUCCUCCCUACCCCCACCUGGAGAGUAGCUACUUCAGACACAUUCUUCCAGGUAUUUUGUCCUACCUGGCUGACCGUCCUCCCCCACAAUACAUCCACCCGAGCAGCCUUAAUAUGGAUGGAACGCUGUCUGUGAGCAGCAGCAACCCUUCCGGCCUGGACCCGUACACAGCAUCUGGGGCGCCCCUCGAGCAAAGCUUGGUGGCCCUGGACUCUCGGCAGGUGGGGGGUCAGGGGAGCCUCCACCAGGCCGGUGCCCACGAGGUGCCUCUAGACGCUGGGCUGAGUAUGGAGUCGCGUGUGAGCAGCCCCAUGUCCCCGGACGGAAUGGCGGAGGAGUUGGCCUCGAUGGAGGGGGUGGUGGCGGAGACGCAGCAGCUGACUGGCAGGACACGAAACCAUGCGGCUUUGGGGGCAGUGGAUGGAUCUGGGGGGGUGAUGCCACUGCAUGGAUCCGGGUUGGAGCUGCCUGUGGUUAUGGACCAAGACCACUUAGGGGGCAGGGUGGGUACAGCUGGGACAGGUGGGGGUACAGGGGGGGGUCUGGGGGAGCAGCUGCAUCCGGCUGGUGCUCUGGGAUCUGGUGUCGUAAGUGUGGUGCUGGCUGGCUCACACCCCCACUCCUCAAUGGCGCCCCCUCCUCAGCUGGAGCCCGUUCCUCUUCACGGGCCUACCAGCAUGGGUCUGGAGUCCGUCAGUGUGUCCCCCAUCACUGCUGAAGUGUCCCUGGGAACUGACAGCAGCCUGGUACUGGUCAACUCUUCCUUACAGCUGGAAGACUCCACUUCCAACAAGGAGAACAUGGUCACUGCCUUCACCAUCUGGUGCACACUAUGUGAUCGCUCGUACCCCUCUGACUGUCCAGAACACGGCCCAGUUACCUUCGUCCCAGACACUCCCAUCGAAAGCCGCGCUCGCCUCUCCCUGCCCCGUCCGCUGUGCCUCAGAGUCUCUGUGGCUGAUGAACCCUUAGGUGUUUUUGCGCGAGAGGUCAUACCGAUUCGAACCUGCUUCGGGCCCUUAGUUGGUCAGCACUGUAGCACCAUGGAGCUGACAGACUGGUCGGACAAGAACAAUCCUCAAGUUUGGAAGAUGUUCCACAACAAUGUACUGGAGUUCUACAUUCUGACUACAGAUGAGAAUGUUUGCAACUGGAUGAUGUUUGUUCGUAAGGCGAGUUCCGAGGAGGAGCAGAACCUGGUGGCCUAUCCUGACAAUGGGAAGCUUUAUUUCUUCUCAUCCCGGGAGGUCCUGCCCGACCAGGAACUUGUAUACUACUACAGCCGGGACUAUUGCAGACAUCUAGGCGUUUCCGAAGUUCCGGGUGGUCAACUCUGUCACUGUGACAAGGACUGCGGCUCCUUUGGAGAGCUCAAAUCCCACCUCGGGGACCACGCCCACGAUCAGGAGCAUGGCCACGCCCACAGCCCCUGCCAGAACCACCCCGCGCACCAUGGCCACCAUGAGGGCAAGCUGACCGGAUCCGGGUCCUCGUGGUCGGGCCACGCACGCGAGAGGAAGUACAAGUGCAGCAUAUGCUCGCGGGCAUUCACCUCCUCCACCAAGCUGAACGUUCACUACAUGGGCCACGUGGGCAUGAAGCCGCACAAGUGCGAGUACUGCAGCAAGGCCUUCAGCGACCCCAGCAACCUGCGCACCCACCUCAAGAUCCACACAGGGCAGAAGAAUUACCGGUGCAACAUGUGUGAGAAGUCAUUCACCCAGAAAGCCCACCUGGCAUCUCACAUGGUCAUUCACACGGGAGCCAAGAACCUCAAAUGUGACCACUGUGACCGGAUGUUCAUGAGGAGGCAGGACCUCAAACAGCAUGUGCUCACCCAUACGCAAGAGAGACAGAUCCGCUGCCCCAAGUGUGACAAGCUCUUCUGGAAGUCCAACCAUUUGAAGAAGCACCUGAACUCCCACGAAGGUCGCCGCGACUACAUCUGCGAGAAGUGCAACAAGGCCUUCCUCACCAAGUACCACCUGACCCGGCACCUCAAGAUCUGCAAGGGCCCCAAGACAGCUGGCAAGACCCUGCAGGAGGAGGAAGAAGAGGAUGACGAUGAGGAGGAAGAGGAAGAGGAUGAUGAGGAAGAUGGGGACGUGGGCGGGCUGAUCGACCCGGUCAGCAGGGAGGACUGUACCCUGGAACCGGGUGAAUAUGCCUCAGACAAAACUCUCUCCCCACUGCCCUGAGCUCCGCGGGACACUGCUGGACCGUUAGGCCUGCCUGAAACUUAUUUAUUUUACCCUUUCCUUUUAAUUUUUUUUUUUUGCCAAAAUCUUAAUUUUCUGUUUUUAGCCACUGUUUUCUUUAUUUACCGGCGCUAGACUGAACGGUGGUUUCCCCAAUCUGUCACUUUUUAAUGAAACAGAGCGCCGGGCUCACUGGUGUAACGGCAUCUGCUGCUCGGCCGCUUCGUGCGGUGUGCAGAUCUUCGGUUGCAGGUGGUGGUGGUGGUGGUGGUGGGGGGGCUAAUACCUGCCUGCACUCGCCGCACAACUCAUCGUGUUUUUUUUUUUUUCUUUCUUUUGCCUUACCUUUUUUUUUUAUUAUUUUUAUAAGUGACACGCAAUGUUUCAGUUGUAUGGAUUUUUUUUUUACUGAGACGUUAAAGCCGUUAACCAAAAAAAAAACAGCCCUGCCAAGAGUAAUUUAUCAGAUCUCAUGCCAUAAUAUGACUGUAUCACACCAUGUCUGACUGCCUCCUCGGUUAUGUUUAUUACACAGAAUGUUUUGUGGAAAGGACCUUACACUGCAUAAGAAUGUAUUAACGCUGCCAAUCUUAUGUUUUUAAAGCUAUUUUAAAAAGCUUACUAUCACAUGAUACAGUAAGAACGCUGUUCUCAGACCGACGUGGUCGUGGCUUCUCACCUGAAGUAUUUGGCAAAAUCAUGACCUGCGUACCAGUGGCGUAACCGGGAAUUUUCCACGGGUGGUGCGUAGGGCGAUUAUUCAGCCUUUCGCCUCCCGGCUCCCGGUGCACCCAACUGCGGCGCGGCUCAGCCCAUUUCACGUUUCUUAAGAACAGGUUUUUAACAGUACACUGUAUAUAUUUUAAAUGAUUGUGCAUAGCCGCAGACAAUUUAGCUAAUUCAUUGUGUCGAAAAUGAUUUUAUUUUUAACCGCAGAAUACGGAACUUUCAGAAUGAUGUUGACAAUGGAAACAGUAAACUGAUGGUCUAUUUGCUGUGCGAUUUUUAAUUGCUUACGGUACUUGGGAACAAUUAGUUGUCACCCGUGUGCGCAAAACGGCAGCGAUUGAUUGCGCGUCAUUGUCGUUUGCAGUAACUCUGCUACAGCAUGGAAGGAAUUUGUGAGCUACUGCAUGCGACAGAUGACAGUGAUAACCAGUCAUUACUGUAUCGCGGACACAAGUAACGGAACCAGCUGUUCUCAUGUAUUUUACAGGCAGCUCUAAUCAUCUAACUAAUGCAAAACAAACCAUUGUCACGGCAUUUGAAAUUGAACUGCCUUCGUGUAUUUGCUUUCAAUCGUAGCAAUAAGAAACUGCAGGAUGCGUUUUAACACAGGUCUUAACUAUUUCUGAAUUUCACAAACAAAUGUACAUUUUCUUGACGGGGGAUGCGUACGCACCUUAUGCACUAUGUAUGGCUACGCCUCUGAGUGCAAAUCUAUGUUUUAAAAUGUUUUUUGCUUUGAUUUUGAUGUCAUUGACGGCUAACAUCUCUCUCUAGACUUCCUGUUGCCUAUUUAAAUUUAUGAUUCUUUUCAUG